GACUGCAGGGACCUGCGAGAGGGGUGUCAAAAUAUAAAAAGGGGGAUCUUUUAAUGACAUGUAUUCAAUGGACAUAAGCAGAUACAUGACAGUACGUUGAAAGGUACAGUGGGCCUAUUUACCAAAGUCGUUUUAGUGACAUCAUUUACAAUGGAAACUAAUGUGGCAACCAGAUCCGCGCAUCACUGGGGUUCCGAAUUCCAUCUAUCCCAAGAGGAGUCUGAAUGGAGUUGUGUGGCCCCGGUAUGAAGGACAACGGAGGCUCUCUGUGCCAGGUAGAGCAGCUGCCCUACCCCUGUGUCCCCCUGCCUGACCCAGGAAGUGCUGGGUGCCGUAUACAGGCUAAUAGACACCUCCACAACCACCACCUCAACCAUCAGUUCCAGUCCUGGGUGAGCCGACCAGCCCCAGACCUAACCUCAACCCCAACUCCAGCCUCCCGACACAGGGCCAAUGGAGUGGUGGGUGCCUGGUGCAGCAGCCCAGAGUGUCCAGCCUCCCGCCUGGAUGAAGUGACUGAUCAGGCCUUGAGAGGGGCAGGGAUGGGGACAGGCAGGGUGCUGGUGACCGGGGGAGCAGGGUAUUUCGGGUUGAGGCUGGGGAGAGCUCUGGUCAGCCAGGGAGUGUCUGUGGUGCUGCUGGAUCUUCACAAGCCACAGUGGGAUACUCCAGACGGUACUGUCUUCCAUCAGAGCGACAUCCGGGACUAUGAUUCUCUGUAUAAGAUCUGUGAGGGGGUCGACUGUAUAUUCCACACCGCUUCCUAUGGGAUGUCAGGCCCAGAACAGCUGAGGAAAGAGCAGGUGGAGUCAGUCAACGUCGGAGGGACGAACAACGUCAUUAAUGUGUGUGUGGAGAAGGGCAUCACCAGGCUGGUCUACACCAGUACGAUCAACGUGACGUUUGCUGGCAAACCCAUAGAGGAGGGCGACGAGGACUCAUUGCCCUGUGUCCCCCUGGACAUGCACAUAGACCACUACUCCAGGACCAAAUCUAUCUCUGACCAGAUGGUCCUAACAGCCAAUGGACGCUCACUCAAAGGUGGGGGUCUCUUGCGGACCUGUGUUCUGAGACCCUCAGGCAUCUACGGGCCAGAAGAGAGACGACACCUACACAGGGUUAUGGUGAAUGUGGAGCGCCGGUUGUUCAGUUUUAGCUUUGGAAACCGCCAGGCCAAGAUGAACUGGGUCCAUGUGGACAAUCUGGUGUUGGCCCACAUCCUGGCUGCUGAGAGCCUCACACCCAAGAGGAACUGUGUGGCUAGUGGACAGGCCUACUUCAUCAACGACGGGGAAUCUGUCAACCUGUUUGAAUGGUUAACACCACUGUUUGAGAAGCUGGGGUACAGCCGACCGUUGAUACACUUGCCUGUCUCACUGGUCUAUUCAGCAGCCAUUCUGAUGGAAUGUUUACACCUGGCUCUGAGGCCAAUAGUGGAGAUCCCUCUGCUCUUCACCAGAAAUGAGUUUUACAUUGCAGCCAAGCACUGAUGUGAGGACCAACCUUCCUCACCACACUUGCAAGAAAACGUUGUUGACAAAUAUACCAUGUUUUCCAGUGUUACAUAUUCAGUGUAUUAAUUAAGUGUAACAGUCUCUUUCCUGUCACAUACUCGAUACAAAGAGCAAACUCACAGAAGGGAGAACAUUUUGAAUUUACUUAGACCUUUCACUCUGUGUGAGUUCUAAAGUUCUGAAGUUAUUGCAUUCUGGGUCAUGAUGACAUGUCUCAGUCAGUGUAGAACCCCACUGGGCCACGGUGGCAGGGUCGUUCCACAAAAUGAGUACCUUUGAUAUUUUAAGUAGAAAUUGUGCACAAAUUUGAAAGCCAUGAAGUGCCCUUCAAUAUACACCACGUGGAAUAUUCAAUAAAUCAGAUUUAUUUUUUUGAAUAAAGACUUACUAAAGUGUUACAAUUCUGCAUUUGGACAUGUCCCUCUUUGCAUCCUCUGUGACUUCUAGGAAUAUUUUAACACAAUUAGUCCCAACAUUUAUCCAAGUUUUCACCAUCAUUGUAAAGCCGUAGUUAUUUUGUUGGUUUGACAAAGUCAUUUCUGAAGAUGAUUAUUUAUUCAUGUGAUUAUUGAUCCAUUUUAAGGUUUAAAAAAAAUCCCGGCCCCAAUUUUAAGGCCAACCCUGUUACGUGAACUGAACUCUCAUUUUAAUAUGAUGAAACAAUUCAUUGAAACAAAAACUUUUUUUAAAGAAACGUUGAACAUCUAAUAGUCAAAUCAUAGUGUAAAAUCAGGUAAGCUGGUUCUACCCUUUUUAUGACGACACAGGAUAUGACCCAGAUGCAGACACAGGGGGGGAGGGGGGUAGUACAGAUAAUUUAUUCGGAGCACGGGGCAGGCAAAUGGCAGGUCGAGGGCAGGCUGAGGUUCGUGAUCAAGUCAGAGUCCGGCGGGUACAUCACGGUAGGCAGACUCGGAGUCAGGGCAGGCAGAAUGGUCAGAACCGGGAAGAUCUAGAAAAUAUAACUAGAGAAACAGGAAGGCUGGUAAGACCUGACAAGACAAGAUGAACUGGCAACAGACAAACAGAGAACACAGGUAUAAAUACACAGGGGAUAAUGGGAAGAUGGGCAACAUCUACACAACAGGUGUAGGCCUGAUCACUGACAACGAUGAGACGGCCUAUAGGGAGGAGAUCAGAGACCUGACAGUGUGGUGCAAGGACAACAACCUCUCCCUCAAUGUGAUCAAGACAAAGAAGAUAAUUGUGGAUACAGGAAAAGUAGUACCGAGUACGCCCCCAUUCUCAUCGACGGGGCUGCAGUGGAGCAGGUUGAGAGCUUCAAUAUCCUUGGUGUCCACAUCACCAACAAACUAACAUGGUCCAAACACAUCAAGACAGUCGUGAUGAGGGCACGUCAAAACCAGUCUCAGGAGACUGAAGAAAUUUGUCAUGGGUCCUCAGAUCCUCGAAAGGUUUUACAGCUGCACCAUUGAGAGCAUCCUGUUGGGUUGCAUCACUGUCUGGUAUGGCAACAGCUCGGCCUCUGACCGCAAGGCACUACAGAGGGUAGUGCAUACGGCCCAGUACAUUACCAGGCCCAAGCUUCCUGCCAUCCAGGACCUCUAUACCAGUAGGUGUCAGAGAAAGGCCCUAAAAAUUGUUAAAGACUCCAGCCACCCUAGUCAUAGACUGUUCUCUCUGCUACCGCACGGCAAGCGGUACAGGAGCGCCAAGUCUAGGUCCAAGAGGCUUCUAAAGAGCUUCUACCCCCAAGCCAUAAGACUCCUGAACAGCUAAUCAAAUGGCUACCCAGACUCUUUGCAUUGUCCCCCCCCCCUCUUAUACGCUGCUGCUACUCUUUGUUAUUAUCUAUGCAUAGUCACUUUAAUAACUCUACCUACAUGUACAUAUUACCUCAAUUACCUCAACACCGGUGCCCCCGCACGUUGACUCUGUACCAGUACCCCCUGUAUAUAGCCCCACUAUUGUUAUUUACUGCUGCUAUUUUUUUAUAUUUUUUUGGUAUUUUCUUAAAACUGCAUUGUUGGUUAAGGGCUACACCUGUUGUAAGUAAGCAUUUGACUGUAAGGUCUACACCUGUUGUAUUCGGGGCAUGUGACAAAUUAAAUUUGAUUUGAUCUGGAGGUGGGUGGAGACAAGCACAAAGACAGGUGAAACAGAUCCAGGUGUGAUACUUUUUGGCCAUUUUCUGGUGUUUUGUGGUGGAAUACUGAGCAGGUUGAGCAUUAAUAAUACGGCAACCUUGUUACCCAUAGAUAGACAGGCUAGAAAUGUUUUAACAAUAAAUAAAAAAUGGUGAAACUUGCAUUCAAUUCCCCUCCCUGUUCCACACAACAAGCUUCCAUUUCCCUUGUCACAAGUCGUCAACCCUGUUUCAGUCAACCCUGUUACUUUAUUUAGUGCUUAACAGGCACUUACUAUAGUCUG